AUGAAAGAAGAAACAUCAAAAUCCAGAACGUAUCAAGUAAGAAUAUUUGACUAUAAUCAUAAAACUUUCAGUGUGAAGGAGACAAUGGACCAUGGUGAGGGAAAACCUAUGGGAGAUUACAAGGUAAACCUAAUAGAUCUUUGGUGUGACUGCGGAGAGUAUCAAGCAUACUAUGUUCCUUAUUCACAUGUUAGUGUUGCAUGUUCUGUGGUGCGCCAAGACGCAUAUGCUCUGUUGUCUGAUGUUUACAGGGUCACAAACUUAUUCAGCAUUUACAGCACAAGCUUUCCAGUUCUACCAUACGAUGAAUAUUGGACCGCUUUUGAUGGAGAUCAAAUUUGCCAUAAUCCAAUAAUGCGGAGGAACAAGAAAGGCCAUCUAGUGAGCUCACAUAUUAAAGCGAAAAUGGACAUAUAUGAUAAGUUAGAGAGAAAACAUGCGUUGUAUCGUCUUCCUGGUCACAACCAAACCCAUUGUCCAAAUGUUGGAACCAGUAAUAACUAG